CUCAUUUACAACUUCAAGAUGCACAUUGAAAACGACCCUAAGUUUUAGGGGAAGUGAUUAUAUAAAAUCAAAGUGAUCCAAAGCACCCUUUUCAUUCGCCGGUCUGCUAGAAGCUUUACAUCCUCACCUGAGGGAAACUCGGCCGCCUCAUAUCUUCCACUGCUUCUCUGCUAAACUUGCGCACGGGUCCUUCUUGGGUCGGCCGUCUUUCCCACCAAUUGCUACCCUUCUGGUUCAGCAAUGCAAAUCAUCGCUUGCAGUUGUCUUCCGCAAUCUCACAGAAUGCUGCUUCCGGCUCACUUGGGUCGCCGACGUCUCUGCUUCGAUGGCGUCUCUUCUGUCUUCUCUCACACCCAAGCACCGACGGAUUCUCCCCUUGGCGUCGUUUCUUGCCAACCCAUCUCCAGUUCAAGGACUGGUGAAGACUGUGUCAAGGUUGUGGGUGAAGUGAUACGGAAAACCAUUCCCUUAACAACGCGCCGGAUGUUGUUUGCUAGUUUGUUUGUGUAUUCGUGCUUUAAUCCCCCAAGGUACUUAUCAGCCCAUGCUUUAGGGGAUCCAUCUGUGACAGUUGAAGAAGUAACACCUCCUGUUUUCCCUUCUGGGGAACUUUUUCCUACUGAGGAUAGAAUUGUCCAACUUUUUGAGAAGAACACUUAUUCUGUUGUCAACAUCUUUGAUGUAACCUUGCGCCCUCAACUUAAUGUAACAGGUGUGGUUGAGGUUCCAGAAGGAAAUGGUUCUGGAGUCGUUUGGGAUAGAUUUGGACACAUUGUGACAAAUUAUCAUGUAAUUGGAAAUGCCCUUUCGAGAAAUCCAAGCCUUGGCCAAGUUGUUGCUCGAGUCAAUAUUCUAGCAUUAGAAGGGGUGCAAAAGAAUUUUGAAGGUAAGCUGAUUGGUGCAGAUCGUGCCAAGGAUCUUGCUGUCUUGAAGGUAGAAACAUCUGGAGAUCUGUUAAGGCCAAUCAAGGUUGGGCAAUCAUCUUUUCUAAGAGUUGGCCAGCAGUGUUUAGCAAUUGGAAAUCCAUUUGGUUUUGAUCACACCCUCACAGUUGGGGUUAUUAGUGGAUUGAAUCGAGAUAUUUUUAGUCAAACUGGAGUAACAAUAGGUGGUGGGAUUCAAACAGAUGCAGCCAUCAAUCCUGGGAAUAGUGGAGGGCCCUUAUUGGAUUCCCAGGGAUCUCUAAUUGGGAUUAACACAGCAAUAUUUACUCAGACGGGGACAUCGGCAGGUGUGGGGUUUGCCAUUCCAUCCUCAACCAUACUCAAGAUAGUACCUCAGCUGAUCCAAUUCGGCAAAGUUGUUCGAGCUGGUUUAAAUGUCGAUAUUGCUCCAGACCUUGUCGCCAAUCAGCUUAAUGUUCGAAAUGGAGCUCUUGUUUUGCAGGUUCCUGGAAAUAGCCUUGCUGCUAAGGCUGGGUUACUUCCCACUACCAGGGGUUUUGCUGGUAGUAUCGUAGUUGGGGAUAUCAUUGUUGCUGUUGACAAAAAACCUGUUAGAAACAAAGAAGAGCUGUCCAAGGUGUUGGAUGACUAUAACGUGGGAGACAAAAUCCUGUUGAAGAUUCAGAGGGGCAGUGGGAGUUUGGAGCUGCCUAUAAUGCUGGAAGAGGAAAGUUCUUGACUUGGGGACCCUGGUCUUUCUUAAUGCAGGACCCCUCCAGUGAUCCUACGUAGGAUCCUGAUUCUAACAACCUUGCUUUCAUGUGGGGAAUGAAGAGGAUCCAUUCUUCUGACAUGAUAUAAGGUGUGGUAAAUCCCAGGUCAGCUCCUCAUCCCCUUCCAUCUUCAGCCUACCUUGUGACAAAGAUGCCUCAUUAGCCAACACCUGGAUCACACCAAUCAGAGGAUGGUUUGGAAUAUUCCCAUGAAUAGGAAUGCUUCCGUUUGGAAGCUUGAUAUUCUUACAUAUUUUUACAGCUGUCUCUAAAAGAUAUAGUUUCAGGCCACUUCCAAUGAGCCCAAAUGGGUUUUGAACAAGGAUAGAAAUUUCACGGUUAGCUCAUUCUAUAAACAUCUUUGCUCCUCAGUUGAGGGCAGCACCAACUUGCCUUGGAAACUUAUUUGGAAAACAGCAGCCCCUACAAAGGUUGCUUUUUUCACAUUGGAAGGAACUCUUGGGAGGAUCCUUGCCAUGGACAAUCUUAGGAAAAAAAAGUGCAUCUCUUGUCAAUAGAUGCUUUUUAUGCCUGGGGCAGGCAGAAAUGGUUGAACACAUCCUUCUGCAUUGCUCAUGGAUGUGAAACUUAGCCAUCUCCAUGGUCAAGCAGAAGUAGAUCACUGCAGCUACGGUGGAGGGUGAACUGUGGGCUUGCAAAGGGAUCGGAUCAACUAAGGAAGGAAGAAAGUCCUUCUCCCUCAUUUACAUUGCUAUUUGUUGGGCAGUGUGGGGUAAAAGAGCAAAAGAGCCUUCAAAGGAACUAUUUCUCCCAUUUAGGCUGUUUUGGACUGUUAGAUUGCUAUUAUCUCUAGAUGGAAAACUUGGUUGGCUGGGACCGACUCCUUUGUAAUCCUUGAUUUUCUUGAUACUUUUUAGUAAGGGAUGUUUAUCUUAUGUUGCUUCCUUUGUACUUGGGUGGCAUCCCCUUGAUGCCUCUUUUAAUAAAAUUACUUUUUGGUGAUGAAAGAAAA